GAAGGCUGCGAAUAGUUUGAGGCUCGUGGCGCCAAAUUGUAAUUGUAUUGGUCGCUAGAUACACGGGCUUGUGCCCUUCUAAAGACCUCGUUUCGCCCAUCCCCACGGUGUCAUGAUGCUGACUGAAGCUCUCUAUGAACGCCAUGCUCAAGAAACUGACCUCAAACUCCUUCUGGAAGAUAGCCCGCGCCUGUAUAUCAAGUUCUUUUGGUCACGAGACUCCGUGCAUGAAAGUGGUGGGCGGGAAGGCUGAAAUGUCACUUAGCCAAAUUUUGAUUUUUGCUGCUGGUGUUAGUAUCAUUACGAGUCGGAAUGUCGUAGUAAAGGAGAUGCUUUGUUAGCAGUCGGAUCGGUUGCGGAGAUUUCGUGAGCGAAGAACG